AUGGAGCUGGGGCUGUGGCUCCUCCUCGGGCUCACAGUGACCUCCGCCGCAGGAUCUGUGCCUCGCCCCCAGCAGGGGGACGCUGGCAGGAGCGGUGAGGGUGAGCCCGGAGGCCCCCCUGCAGCUGGCUCUGAGGGGCACAGUGAGGACACUGUGGCCACGAUGGCACAGGGUCUGAGCCCCGGAAGCCCUGGUCAGGAUCCAGGACCAGGCCAGAGUGGGGAGCAGGUGGCUGACAGGGGCCGUGGGCGCCACCGGGCCCGACGCUGCACCUGCUUCACCUACAAGGACAAGGAGUGUGUCUACUAUUGCCACCUGGACAUCAUCUGGAUCAACACUCCUGAACGAACUGUGCCCUAUGGGCUGUCGAAUUACUGGGGAACCUUCCGAGGCAGGCGGUCCGCGGAUCCCUCCACAGGGAGCCCCCGGCCUCCAGCACAGACACACGUGCGCUGCGCCUGCGUGGAGAGAGGCGACAAGGCCUGCAUGCACUUCUGUUCCGGAGCCCUGGCCGGCAGCAGGUACGUCACCCCCGCACCCCCAGGUUACUCCUCCUGGAUGCUAAUUGUUCCCAGCAUUGAGCUGUGUGGGACGGAUGGGCACAUGCUGCCCCUGGUGAUGGCCAAUGGAGAGGAGCUGGUGCUCGGGGUCCAUGUCUCUGCUGGUUACAGGCUGUGUGACUCUGAGCUCUGUAAACUAGGGAUGCUGGCCUCACCCCCACAGACAGAUGCAACGCGGAGAAAGAAAAUAAAGACAAGCCCCAACCGCAGUACCAACCGCAUCUGCUGGGUUGGACUUCUGAAAGUGAAUUCUCAGGUCUUGUCCGCAGGCUGCACAAGACCAUGUGCCGUGGCCAGGCAGGAGGCAAAGAUCGUGCGGGCACGGAAACUUCACGUGCCUUCUACCCUGUCUUCUGGUUCACGGGAGCUGCCACAAACAGAGCUCAUGCUAUCUGAGGAGGAGUUAAACAUGCCACCCACACCUUCACCUGCCACUUUGUCAUUCUGUGUCAGGCUGCCUAUGGUGUGA